AAACGUUAUGGUGAAGAUUUGAAGUUUAAAAAAAAAGAAAUGUUUGAAAUGGUGCCUAAACAAAGUGUAAAAUAUCAAUAUUUGGCUACGGUAUAAAUAUAUUACUAAUGGGCUAUGGUGUAGUGUGUGGCUGGUCAAGUCCAAAUAUUGUGCUAUUGACAUCAGACGAAUCUCCGCUAUCAUCGGGUAAAAUCACAAUGAAUGAAGCAUCAUGGUCGGCUUCGCUUAUUUGUAUCGGUGGUUUGGUUGGAAAUAUAUGCUUUGGAUUUAUUACCAAUCGAUUUGGUCGCAAAAAUCCUUUAAUAUUCAUUACAAUUCCAGUGAUUAUCAGUUGGCUACUAAUUUUAUAUGCACAAAAUUUUUAUUAUUUGGCCGCAGCUCGGUUAUUGAAUGGAUUUACGGGUGGAGCCAUUUACACGAUCGUUCCUCCUUUCUUAUCAGAAAUCGCAAUUGAUCGAGUUCGGGGGCUCUUGGGUUCAACUUUGGUUUUGAGCUGCAAUAUCGGAAUCUUACUAGCAUUCGUCUUUGGAAAUUAUUUUGAUUUUUACAUGACACCAAAGUUUGUCAUUGCAUCGACAAUAUUGUGUGCCGUUUUAUUGUGCUUUUUCCCCGAAAGUCCGUCGUUUCUCAUGAAACAAAACAGAAUAUCAGAAGCUGAGAGAUCGAUUCGUUUUUAUCAAAAUUUAAAAAAAGACGCCGAUUAUGAAGUGCUUCAGUCGGAAAUGAAUAAAUUGAAAAAUUCACUGCAAGGAGACAGCACGAAAAAAUCCGUUUCGAUAAAAUGGUGUGAUUUAACAAGUGGAGCCGGUAGAAAAGCCAUGACAAUUGGCAUCGUUUUGGCUGCAUUAAAUCAACUCUGCGGUUGCUUUGCCAUGUUACAAUACACUGCUAAUAUUUUCAAAGAGGCUGGUUCUGCUAUGUCCCCAAAUAUGUCGGCAAUUGUUGUUGGCGUGAUACAGCUUAUUGGAUCUUAUGUGACAACAGCUCUUGUUGAUCGAACUGGGAGAAAGUUUUUGUUUGCAGUGUCAACUAUUGGAAUUGCUUUUGGAUUAAUUACUCUCGGAGUGUAUAUGAUGUUGAAAACAUCGGGCCACGAAGUUGAAACAUUCAGUUGGAUUCCGAUUGUUAGCUUUUCAUUCGUAAUAUUUAUAGCAAGUUGGGCGGUAUUAACUCUGCCUUUCUUGGUUAUCUCCGAAAUUAUGCCGGAAAAGUUGAAAGAUUUCGGCAUGUCAUUUUGCAUGGCAAUUUUAUGGUCCACUUCAUUUGCCAUCAUAAAAUAUUUACCGUUUCUCAACAAUGCGCUCGGUUUUCAUGGAACUUUGUUCGUAUUUGCUAGUGUUUGUCUAUCAUGUGCAAUUUUUAUUAUCUUAUACAUGCCAGAAACAAAAGGCAAAAGCUACGAAGAAAUACAGAAAACUCUUCGCAAAUGAGCCUUGCAUUUUUUUCAUGAAAAUAUUUGUUUCUUUGAAUAAACCAUAAAUUAAGUCUUUAAAUCCGCUGGAAUGAGCUGGAAAAUUUA